CCCGUUAGAUUGGUUGAAUUGGGUCUGUUGUUUUGUGACGAAUAUUCUAAAUUUCAACAACUCAAGCAAAAUGAUGCGUCUGUCGGCACAGGACGCUCCUUCUUCCAAUGGCAUCAAUGGAAAUCGCAAACAGACCUCUUCGCGAGUAGCCGUCAAAGUUGCUCAAGGCUUCAUAUUUGGAUCCAGUGAUACGCUGCCAAAUGGAGGCGACUAUUAUUGCUUCAAGGGAAUCCCGUACGCGAAACCACCGGUAGGAAAGCUCCGGUUCCGGUCCCCGGUUCCGAUUGACAAGUUUCCGGUUAGCUAUCUGGACUGUACCAAGGAACGGAGCAACUGCAUGGGAUUGGAUGUGGUUUCGCGGGAGAUUUCCGGUUCGGAGGAUGGGUUGUAUCUAAAUGUGUACAGUCCAAAAAUACCGGUGAAAGGACAGGGUCCAUCGGAGCUGUUUCCGGUGAUUGUAUUCAUUCAUGGAGGAGGGCUGAUUGGAGGUCACGCCGACAGUUCCAUGUACACUCCGGAUUUUUUGGUUCAGGAUGGAGUUGUAGUUGUGACCUUAAACUAUCGACUUGGAGUAUUUGGAUUUUUAUGUCUUCCGGAUGCAGGGAUUUAUGGAAAUGCUGGACUCAAGGAUCAGCGCUUAGCUCUUCAAUGGGUCAACCAGAACAUACGCCAAUUCUCCGGGGACCCCAAUAACGUAACUCUUUUUGGUGCAAGUUCAGGAGCUGUAGCCGCUCACUAUCACUGUCUCUCGGAGGAAUCGAAAAAGUACUUCCACAAGGGUAUCAUGACCAGCGGAUGUACAUUCAUAGAAUUUGCUCAUUGUGAUGAACCGGAAGAGAAAGCUCGCAAAAUGGCCAAUUUGCUAGGUUUCAAUCCUCAAUCGGAUGAAGAAGUUAUUGACAUUCUAAGGAAAGUUCCCGCUAGAGAUUUGUUCGAUCUUCAAUUCAAAGUACUCAGCAAACGAGAGGAAAAAGUUGAACGAGUGUUUCAGAUACCGUUUCUUCCGGUAAUCGAGCGAAAAAGUUCCCCGGAUUUUGUCAUAACCAAACACCCGAUGGAGAUUCUCUGCGAACCGGACAGUAUAAGAAUACCCAUCCUGACGGGUUACAACAAUUGUGAUGGAAUGAUGAUGCUCAUUGAUACGAUGAAAAUGCUCGAUUUGUACAAUCAAGAACCUGAAAGGUUCAUCCCUAGGACCUUAAACAUUGACUAUUUCAGCCCGGAGGCUCGAGAACUUGGUAAAACAGUAAAACAAUUUUAUUUCAACGACAAACCGGUAAGUCGUUACACGUUACCUCAAAUCGUGGAGGUAUUCUCGGACAAAUACAUCUUUGCGUAUCCAAUAUCGGUGGAGGUUUGGUCCAGAUACCAACGCAAAGCCAAACUCUUCUGUUACCGAUUCUGCUUUGAUGGGUCCCUCAAUAAAGGUAAAUCUCUGCUAAGAACAACUCUUAAAGGGGCAACCCACAUCGAUGAAGUGUACUACGUAUUCAGUUCCCCUUUACUUCAAACUAAUCGCGUUCCACCAACCGACCCGGCGUACAAAAUGCGAGCAAAAAUGGUUCGAAUGUGGACUAACUUCGCCAAAUUCGGUGAUCCAACACCUUCAAACAACGACGAACUACUUCCUUUCAAAUGGCUUCCAACGGAAAAUAUUCCCCCGUACGGCCCAACAGAACCAAAACUGGAACUUCUCAACAUUGGACCCACCAUCGGAAUGGUCUCGAUGCCGGAACGGAAGCGAAUGAACUUUUGGACCGAAAUCUUCCGCAAGUACAACGGACACAUUGCCAACGUUCGCAUUCCCACCAGCUCGUUUGAAGUGAAUAACAACGUGUAAUGACAUGGUGCCGAUCGUGUUUCGAUUUCGAGAAUAAAUUUGAAUGCGUAAAAAGCUGGCAGCAAAAAACGCCCGAUCUUUUCUCUUUGGUUGACCAAAUUAAAGAAUCGAUUAUGCAUUUGGAUUUAAAUUUAAUGUCACCCUCAGUCUAUUCAACUAACAGGGGUUUCACGAGCA